AUGCUUCCAUUCCAAUACACUUCCCAGUACAAGACCAUGCGAAUACACCCCGUCAUCAUACACCAAUCCCCUCAAAACUUUUCGAGCCACCACUCUUCUGCCAACACCGGCACAAUGGAGCGCCGCCCUACAUACGAAGCCAUCAAGGCCGAUUCCUCUACAUUGACCCCGAGGAACCGUACCACCUCUAACGCUUCCUCUUCGUCAUCUUCUUCGUCCUCCUCCUCGUCGACGUCGCUCUCUCGCCGCAAGCUCAUUCGUGACCGCUACAAGCGACCAUGGCAGCUCAUGUCGGUGAUCACGCUCCAUCAAGAGGACAUGCCUGUGGGUAGGAGUGGGGGAUUGAAGAGUCCAUAUCCAACGCCGGGACGGAGGAACUAUGACAGGGUUUGA